AUGGCACGUUAUCAGCUCACUAGCUCCCUGCUGCUCCUGGCCAUCCUGGUGGCUCACGUAGCCGCUGAGGCGCCGCGGCGUUUGCGCUUGAGUCGACAGCGCCAGGCGUUCGCCAGGCAGGAGGUGCAGCCCACGCCAUACCCCUCAGCGGAUGAGCUGAAGCCGGAGGAGCCCGCGCUCAUCUAUGGCCCACCACCUUCCACGGAUGUGAAUGAGCUGCCCGCCGAAGAGGAGCCGCCAGCAAACAGCUUCCAGCCCGAUGCCGAAGAAGUGGACAUAGAGGAGAACUCGCUGGAGGAGGUGACCACACCAUCUGCUCGCCUGCGCAGCAGCCGCCAGAGAUUGGCCAAGCUGCAGCUGGCCAAGGCACAGCCCAAGCGCAAGCGUCAGCGCAUCGCCCGCCUGGAGGAGUUGCCCGUGGAGGCGGCAGCACCAGCCGUUCCAGUGGCUCCAGUUGCUCCAGCCGUUCCGGUGGCGCCGGUAGCCGCCUUGCCCGCACCACAGCUCUACUAUGUGGGAGGCCAACAGCCCUACGUGGUUGCCUACACUGCAGCUAGCCAGCAGCUGGCCUGGUAAACGAUCCUGUGAUUGAUUGAUUGAUCGAUUGUUAUUUGCAUAAAAAUGUUUUGUUUGAAGUCUAUUAAACUGCGUUGAACUUAGCUGCAUUCAAGUCUUUCUACUUUUCCAGCUCCGUUCUCUUCUUCUUACUUUUUCAGUGGCAUUUUCAGUGCUUGACACUUUUGCUCCAGUAUCGACUUUUCUCGCAAUUCACUCGCCAUUAACAAGCGCCCAAGGAGCACUUUUCAUUGUUUGCAUCCAUUUUUAUCCAUUGCAUAUUGAAGUUGUUGAGUUUUUGUUGUACAUUUUUCUGCAUUUUCUCCACUUUUCCUUUGUUCUGGCUCUUUGAAUGCAUUUUUCAUGCUUUGCCUGCUUAUAAAUUGUUAUUUCUAUGUGUUUUUCUUUACUAUUAUUC